UUCGUCGUGCAAGAGGAAACACCGCUAAACACAAUCGUAGCCGAUUUAACAUCAACCUCAGGCUUCCAAGAAAAUUUGAGUCCCGCCAUCUUGAAAUCAUUACGUUACCAAUUUUUGACGCAACCACUUCCGCUGAAUGUGGAGUUGGGCGAGGAUAGUGGCGUCAUUAAAACGAGUGGUCGUCUGGAUAGGGAAGGCUUGUGUCCGCUCGCUCCUGUUUGCAAGGUUGGAUCACGUUUGCUCGUGGGGGAGCAUUUCAAAAUCUUGAAAAUCACAAUCGAAAUCUUCGACAUUAACGACAACCCGCCACAGUUCCAGGGACCGAAUCCUCAACUCUUUCAAUUAUCCGAGUCGGUAUCAAUCGGUACGAUACUCUCUCUCGAACCGGCUGUCGAUGCAGAUUCGGAUCUUUACUCGGUCGAUAGGUACGAACUGGCGGUUGACGAUUCUCCUGGUGGUCGGUUCUUUGACCUCAAGUUGGUGAGGAAGUUGGACGGAUCGGAAAGUCUUCAAUUGAUCCUGACCAGAAGAUUGGACCGCGAGGCAGCAGACGAGCACACCCUCCAGAUACUCGCAAUCGACAGGGGCUCGCCCGCCAAAACAGGGUCAUGUGACGUCAUCGUCAAGGUGAAGGACUCGAAUGACAACGCCCCACAAUUCGAGGUCGAAGAUUACGAGGUCACACUGCCUGAAAAUGCACCCCUGAUGACUGUUGUGGCGAGAGUCCAAGCUACUGACAAAGACGCAGACGAGAACGCCGCGUUGAACUACCGAUUGAGUGAGCAGACGCAAAAACACUACGGAAGAACGAUGAACAUAAACAACCUGACUGGGGAAAUAUUUGUGGUUGGUGAGGUCGAUUUUGAGGUGACGUCAUUGUAUAAGUUGGUCGUUGUUGCGCAAGAUGGCGGAGUUGAGCCACACUCGUCUGAAGUCCUUGUGGUCCAUCACGUGACCCAAAUAUCUGAAGAGGAUGUGAACGGAACAUUUGUUGCGCAGAUUCUGGUUACGGACGCCGAUCCAGGAAACAAUGGUCGAACUAAUUGCCACCUCGAUAAUCACGGAUUCAACCUCAUUCGACUUUCCGACGCGGAGUACAGGGUAGUGACAGGAAUGUUGCUGGAUCGGGAGGAACAAUCGAGACACCUGGUGCAUGUGGAGUGCCUGGAUGGCGGCAGGACCAUCCAACUUAGUGCCGAAGUGACCAUCGUCGUUGAGGUGGCCGAUGUCAAUGAUAACACUCCAAAAUUCUCGCAGACCUCCUACCAGCACGACCUGCCCGAGAACAACCCACAGAACACACCCCUCCUCCAGGUCUUUGCCACUGACGACGACGAUGGCGACAACGGACGUCUGAGCUACUACAUCGAAAACAACAACAUC